AUGGCCGCCGACAAGACCGUCAUCGCACCGGCGACACACUCACAGCCCUCCCGAAAGGGCAAGAAGGCCUGGCGGAAGAAUGUCGACAUCUCCGAAGUACAGACCGGCCUGGACGAUGUUCGAGAAGAAAUCAUCAAGGGCGGCGUGAUCGCGGAGAAAGAUGCGGAUCAACUGUUCGCGACUGAUUUGCAAGGCGACGCAGAGAUUGAAAAGAAGCAGCGAGGGAAGAAGUCACUCAAGGCGGACGAGAUUCUGGGACAGAGAAGCGCUGUGCUGGGCCUGGACCACCGCAAGCGGAAAGCGGAAGAGACGGUUGGUGGUGGAAAGAGGCAGAAAAACGGGACGUAUGUCUCGCAUAGGGAGCUGCAGAGAUUGAAGGGUGUUGCAGACGGCGGAAGUGUGGGUGUGGUGGCGGACGAGGGCGCCUCGCACGAUCCAUGGGCAGAUGUUGCACCCGUAGAGCAACCCGAGUUCAGUUUCUUGGAGCCGCCGAAAGACAAGGUCGCACCGAAGACGCUCAAACAAGCACCUGUCCCAUUGACCGCGAGUGGAAAACCUCUGGCGCAUGUACGGAAACCUGAUGCUGGAAAGUCGUACAACCCGCUUGUUGGUGACUGGUCCGCAUUGCUGGAGAGGGAAGGUGAAGCUGCUGUCGAAGCUGAAAAGGCACGUCUUGCGGCAGAGGCAGAAGCAGAGGAGAAAGAGAUACGAGCACUGGAGGAGGCAGCAAAGGUUGAGGCAGCCGAGAAGGACGAGUACGCCACAGACUACGAAAGUGCCUGGGAGAGCGAAUGGGACGGCAUUCAAUCCGAGGCUGAGCAAGAAGCACAUACACAAAAGCAGACGAAGCGAAAGACGCCUUCGGAACGCAACAAGGUCAAAGCAAGGAAGGAGAGAGAGGCGCGAGAAAAGUGGGAGCUUAAGCAAAAGGAGCGCGAGAAGCAGGAAAAGCAGAUCAAGCAAAUCGCCAAAGAACUCUCAGAGCGGGACAAGAAGCGUCGGCCAGGUAGCCAACUCCAACCCGACAACGACUCCUCGGACUCAGACGAAAAUGAUCGCCAGACUGGGCUCCAGAAACGUCGCUUUGGCCAGAAAGCCAUCCCGGAAGCACCACUGGAAGUCACACUACCCGAGGAUCUUGAGGAGUCGUUGAGACGGCUGAGGCCCGAGGGAAAUCUCCUGACAGAUCGCUAUCGGAAUCUGUUGAUCAAUGGCAAGUUGGAGGUGAGGAAGAAGGUUGGACAGAUGAAGAAGAAGCAAACGUUCCGCACGGAGAAGUGGACGUACAAGGAUUUCAAGUUGAAGUAG